GCUGCCUGUGUCAGCGCCGCCAGGCUCGGAAUGAGGGCGUUGAGUAAGUGUCAGGAUGGGUGAAGGAGGUUUACGCUCAGUGGGCUGUGCAACAACGCCGCGCCGUUCUGUCUCCGGAUUCCGAGAUGGUGGCGCGUCUGUGCGCCUAACUAUCUUCCAUCGGGACACCGGCAGAGACAUGACACCCUGGCGUCGGGAUUCGCACGAUCAUCAGCGUCAGAAUAGACCGGCGGGGCAGUAGAGUGGAGUGGAGUGGUGUGGAGGGGGGAGUGCUGUCAUGGAGAAACAAAGCAGAGUCAAGGAGGAAAUGAAGGAGGAGAGGCGCAAAGAGAAGAGAACGAAAUCCGGUAAGCUUUUCCGAAAGAAAUCGCUCAAGUCCGUGGGGAGCUUCGUGAACAGAAUCAUGAAAACUUUGGGCACUUUCACGCACUUUGGGGACGGCGUCGCGCAGGACGCGGAGGACGACGACGGGGGUUUUGGCAACGGCGCACCUUGCACCCUCACCGCCAGCUCGGGGAUCGUCCCGGAGGAUGCGCCGGCGGCUUGGGACCGGGUGGCGAAGCACCCCGCGAGCACGUCCUCGUCUCUGUGCGCCGGCAGGGAGAAACUGCUUUACCAGUACGGAGACCGGGUCCCGGGCGUCCUGGGGCUGAAGAACCACGGGAACACCUGUUUCCUGAACGCGGUGGUCCAGUGUCUGAGCAACACCGAUCUGCUGGCGGAGUACCUGGGGCUGGAGCGCUACAGGGUGGACCUGAGGCAGAGCGCGGGGAACGGGCUGGGGGCGGAGGAGAAGCGGCCGCCGAGAGGGGAAGUUACGGAGCAGUUGGCUUCUCUGGUGAGGGCUCUGUGGACCCUGGAGUACACCCCGCAGCUCUCAGUGGACUUCAAGACGGUCGUGUCCAAGUAUGGAUCCCAGUUUCGUGGUAAUUCCCAGCACGACGCCUUGGAGUUCCUCUUGUGGCUGUUGGAUCGCGUCCAUGAAGACGUCAUCAAGGCGUUUCACGGGAACAGCAACAAGACCAAAGCUUCUGAAAAGGGUCCCGGUGGAGCGGAGAGGGCGCCGUGUCCCGACACGAUCCAGUCCCAGCAGCCCAGGAUCCAGCACAGCUUUGUCCAGGAGCAUUUCCAGGCUCAGUAUAAAUCUUCCCUGACGUGUCCCCACUGCCUGAAACAGAGCAACACCUUUGACCCUUUCCUCUGCAUCUCAUUGCCCAUCCCUCUUCGCCAGACAAGGCCCCUGUGUGUGACUCUGGUGUUCAGCACCAAAGGCCAGCGGUAUCUGCGGGUCGGGCUGGCCGUGCCGCUCUUUGGUUCUGUGGCCUGCCUGAGGAGGAUGGUGGCCGACGAGGGGAAACUCUCCCCAGACCAGGUGAUCCUGACGGAGGUUUACUCCACUGGGUUCCACCGCUCCUUCUUUGACGAGGACGAUCUAACGUGCGUUGCUGAGAACGACGUCAUCUAUGCCUUCCAGGCGCCCCCGCUCUACAUCAGAGGGGGCUCUGCACGAAUCUCAGGUUAUCAUCACAGCUUGCCAUCAUCUCCUUAUGCCUCUGGUCCAGAGGGUCAGAGGUUACCUUCAUCCGGAGCAUUGUCAUCAGAGUUCCUCAACCAUGGUGUCCCAGUCAAGAUUCUGCUGCUGGUGUGCAAUGCUGCUGGAACAGGCAAGCAGACUGUUAGGUUUGGACCUCCAUUCUUAAUGAGGGAAGAUCGGUCUAUAUCCUGGGAUCAACUCCAACAAAGCAUCCUCAGCAAGCUCUAUUACCUGAUGAUCAACGGGGCUCAUGCUCAGAAUAUCAGAGUGCUUUUCAACAUCCGUGUGGUGGGAGGAUCUACGUUUUACAACUACUUGUCUCCUCAGGAUGGGCGACCGCUCUACCACCCCGCCGUUGACAGGGCUCUGAAGCUCUGCGGUUCCGGAGGACCUCCCCACGUGAAGCUCAUCAUCGAGUGGGAGCACAGAGUCAAAGAUUGCCUGUUCGGUAACAUUCACGAGGAAGUGGUGAAAGAUGCAGACAGCGUACGAAAUCUGCACCAGCAGCACGUCCAACAGUUCAGCUGCACCUUGGAUGAGUGCUUCCAGCUCUACACCAAAGAGGAACAGCUGGCACCAGACGACGCCUGGAAGUGCCCCCACUGUAAGCAGCUGCAGCAGGGCAUGGUGAAGAUGAGUCUGUGGACCCUGCCGGACAUCCUCAUCCUCCACCUGAAGCGCUUCAGGCAGGUGGGCGAGCGGCGGGACAAGCUCACCACGUUCGUGCAGUUUCCCCUGGCAGGACUGGACAUGACGCCUCACAUGGUGAGCCGCAACAACGGCCCCCACCACCCGGCCCCUCUUCAGCCGGGCUGGAAGCACUGCAGGCGACCCGACCUGGCUCCCCCUGACUUCCUGUACGAUCUCUAUGCUGUCUGCAACCACCAUGGAGGAAUGCAUGGGGGCCAUUACACAGCCUUUUGUCGGAACUCAGUCGACGGUCAGUGGUACAGUUAUGACGACAGCGCUGUUGAGCCGGUACCAGAAGCCGAGGUGUGCACACGUGGAGCCUACAUUCUCUUCUAUCAGAAAAGAAGCACCAUCCCCCCCUGGUCUGCAAGUUCCUCAGUCACUGGUUCCACCAGCUCAUCCACCUCUGAUCACUGGCUGGUCCGACUGAACGGGGGAAGCGGCAGCGGCAGCCUGGUCUCAGGUGUUCCCAGUCCGGCACUUUUGGAGCCAGCGUAUGCGCCGGAGUCUCCUGAGCUGCCAGUGUUUGGAGAUGAACCCAACAGAGGAGUAGAAGGAAAUGGGUCCAAUCAGCUGGUGCGAGGGACCAAGGUUAGGAGUUUAAGCAUGAGGUCGCCUGCCAAACCCAAGGACACCCUGAACAAAGUUCUUCCACUACGGUGGUCUUUCGGGUCAAAAGACCGCACCAAGCACUCGGUCCAAGUCCAGUCUGGAGAGCUGGUGGAGUACCUGGAGUCUGGGCGCCGCCCCAGAUGCACCAAAGACCCUAUCGUCGCCCUGGUGGCCACCCCACCCCAGAGGAGAGUCCUUGAAGUGGGACAGGACUGCAGCUCACCUAGUGGCAGCAGUCUUAGCUGUACAGACAGACUCAGCUGUGACACUUGUUACUCUCCCAAAAUUCCAGAGGGACAGAGCCGAACCUGUCCGGAGCAAAACACGGGCCAAGGACCUGUUAACGACAGAAAUUUCAGUUCAAGAGAUGAUGACGGUUUUAGGCUGGGAUCAUUGUCUAAGAAACUGAGAACCGAUCAGGUCAGGGCCCUGGACCUCCACCUGCAGAGAGGGGGCAUUCUGGGUGGUCACAUAAGCCACAGUGCUCCUCCGAGCAGAGAGUCUACGCUUAGAAGAACCAUCGUCCAGACAAGUGGCUCUCCAAGGGGCCAAAAAGAGUUAUCGUCUGAAGACAGGAGGAACCCAAGAGGAGAGGAAGGUCAGAGCCAAGAAAGUCUCUUGUCAUUUUUCAAGCCGGUUUUCACGAAGACAGAGAUUCCUAGGUCUCCAGUCCAGAAUCAAGAGAGACUAAACGGCCACGGACACCUGGGAAAGCUGGCUAUCAGUAAUAUAGCCAAGCUGUCUCUUUCCAAUGGGACUCUCCCAGCAGCAGCACCAGAGCGGAAGAGAGACAGUACGAUUCCCGACUGCGGCAGCCAUAACUGCAAAGUGCAGCUAGUCAACGGAAAAGCUGGAAACCAGGAGCCCGUGGAUAUUCUGAGGGCUCACAGCUCCAGCAACAUCCAGACCAAGCUGGAUUUCACAUUUCGCAGAUGUGCCUCCCUUCAGAGGAACGGGGAAGUGGGCAUCCCUCCGCCGCACCGUGUCUUGCUGUCAGACAAGCCUGGCUACUCCACUCUGCAGCGGACGCGGUACAGCACCACCUCCCUGGUGCCCAUGUGACAGCCAAGAAUGACCGCCGAACAAAAGGACCUCUCCUCUGGUUUCCAAGCAGGGGCACACAGAGAAGCGCCCCCUGCUGGAGGCAUCGCUUGGAGCAAACAUCAGCUUGCUUUUUUUUUAACCUUUUUUUUUAACCAUACUACUGUUCUAAGUUCUUACCUGUGUGUGUCUUAAACUAAAUCUAUGCAGUUUGAGGGGAAAAAAACUGAGGGAAAUUGCUCCAGUUCUCUUUUCCACUCACGUUGUUGCUUACACUGUUAUCUACUGUUACUUUACUGUCUGUUUGAGUUAAUAAUCCAUAUUUGGGAAGUGGAGGGUCAUUUGUGAAUGCGCGUGCACCAAGUUCAGACUUCCAUGAGAGCUCUCAGGAACAAAGGAAGCUGUCUGUUGACGAGUGUGGUAUAUACUAACAUAUAAGAAAGAAAUAGUUGCUCUACAGAUUGGCCAGCUUAUUAAAGACUUUAAGAAGUACUAACACUGGCCUAUAAAUGAAAACACUGGACAAAAAUUGUCUAAUGUUAGAGAGUCAAUUUAUCAAUGAUCUAUUUAUCAGAUUAAUAUAUAUAAAUAUAUAUUAUUAAUGCGCCUUAUUUUUAAAAAAAUGUUUUUUUGUUUUUUUUUCCUUUUUUAACACAAUUUAUAUCCAAGUUCUUGCAGGCAACUAACCUGUUGGACAAGUAUUUGGAAGUACUACAGACAAUAAAUAUGGAACCAAUUUUUAAGCGAUUGUUUCUUGGAGAUGUGGAAAUUCAUCUCAUAAACCGAGCUUCCUGCUUCUUUAUGUUUUUUUUGGGGGGGGGGGCUUACGCAUCAAACGUUUGUAGAUUUUACAAAUUGUAUCAAAAACCAGCAAAUGUAAAAAAAAAAAAAAAAAAAAAAAAAAAAGAA